CUUUAGCUUAGAGACUAAGUAUAAUACUCGUACGUAUUUUUUAAGUAACUUUCCCGUACCGUAUUUUACUAACUAUAUCAAGAACCUAAACACCCUUACAUGAUCUAUUGUGAUAAUUUAUCUGCUCUGAUGAUGUGAGAAAUCCAUGUACAAUAUUAAAUAAUUAAGCAAGAGAUCAAGCCUUGGAAAACAAGCUCAAAUUCCAACAGAUUUCAACCAAUCAUCAAUUUGCAUAUUUGUUACAAAGGCCUUACCAGUUCACAUCGUACACAUAUUAACUUCCAAGCUCGUCAUGAAGUCUAUCCAUAGAAAGUGGAAGAUUAUGAGUAACAUUGUACACUUAAAAAAUAAAGCUUAAUUGCAAGUUUGGUCACUCAGAAUUACUAAAAAAUUUCACGUUUGGUCACUAAAAUUGGUUUAUUCCAUUAGUAGUCACUUAAAUUAGUUGAACAAUCCAAGUUCACUCUCCGUUAACCUCCGUUAAUGACGACCGUUAAGUGAUGACGUGGCUAACAGAAAAUCAAUGGCAACAUAUUUUAACAUUAAAGAAUGACUACCCGACCCGCCACGUCCGAUUUGCCCGCCAUGUCACCCAUCCCUACCCAACCCACAAACCAACCCAAUGGUCGACCCAACCCCAAACCCGACCCCCCUAAAUCUUAAAAGUAAAAUCGAAAUAGGAAAGGGUAGGUCACUUUCCAUUCUCCAUCGUCCUCUCAUCCUCCAUUGCCUUUCUUUUCACUUCAUUUAUGGGUUCUCCAUUUCCUUGUGGCAUGAGCAACGAUUCGUUGCCAGUAACAGUAAUCAUGCAUAUUUUCCCAGAGAGCAGCACAAUUGGAGACCAAAUCAAGCUUAGAAGGUCCAGAAGAAACAACUUCCAUUCCCAUCAUCUUCAUCGCCAUCAGCUAGACCCAGCAGCAGCAGCCGUUAUAGAUCCCAACCCACACUCUCUCGCCCUUUCAAAUCCACCAUCUCUUCCCUCUUCAUCUCCCCAUUCUCCUCCAACUCAAGCGAACCCACCACAAUCACAAUCGCCAACAGCAGUACUGUCGGCAGCAAGAAGAAGGGAACCGCUGCCUUCAGAGGCUUGGGAUGCGCUGCUGGGGCUGCCCGUCAGGUGUCUGUCCCGGCGGUGAUAAGGUCAUCGACGGAGUGGGAUGGAAAGAAAGUAAAGAAGAAGAUGAAGAAAAAAGUUGUGGUUGCAUCUCCUGGUCAUCCCCCGCCACCACCGCAGCAGAGGAGGAAGAUGAGCGAGCAGGAGGAAGUUGUCGAUUUUACUUUUCAGAUUUGGGGGGUCGGGUUAGGGGUUGGGUCGAUUAUUGGGUUGGUUUGCGGGUUGGGUAGGGAAGGGUGACAUGGAGGGCAAAUCUGACGUGGCAGGUCGGGUAGUCAUUCUUUAGUGUUAAAAUAUGUUGCCUUUGAUUUUCUGUUAGCCACGUCAUCACUUAACGGUCGUCACUAACGGAGGUUAACGGAGAGUGACCGAACUUGGACUGUUCAACUAAUUUAAGUGACUACUAAUGGAAUAAACCAAUUUUAAUGAC